UUAUUAAUUUAAAUGUCGUGGGCAAAAAGAUUCAAAAAUUAAAAAAAGAAACUGAGCAAUAAGAAGAAAAUAUUUUAUAAAUUAAAAAUAUGUACAUAUAUGCUUUACGAUAACCAGGCGCUCCGAGGCCAGAUCAAUAUUUCCAAAAUCUUAUAGAAUACAAGAUCAACCUUUUCAUCAAUUGUCUUUUAUUGGAAAAAGUAUAUAUGUACAUAUGUACAUAUAGCCGACCUGAAGAAAAUUAUGAAAACUGCACCCCUGAUCUGAUUAUUGUUCACCCCUGGUUUGUUUGUGCGGGUGGAAUCUGUUGCACGGAGUAUUUAUCAACAAAUGGCCCAAGUUCGAGGUUCCUGCGAAAGUUUUUGUCCCGAUGGAGAGGCCAAAAUGCGCGUUCGUGAGAAACUUCUGAACUACUUCGAGCUGAAGAAUGGCCAGAAGAAUACCCCCGGAGUCCUGGUCAAGGAGUUUACGCGCUCCGCCGCCGAUGCGAAGAUGCCGCUGCCCAAGGAAAUGCGCACGGAAGCGGCACUAACCAAAACAGUUGAAUAUCUACUUAAGGACAUAAUUCUGGACACUAGGAAGCCCUAUAAUCUGGCCUACGACUUCAUCUUUGACCGAUUAAGAGCCGUGCGCCGGGAGAUGGUGAUCCAGAUGUACGAUGCACGCCAAAAGAUCCGACUUCUAGGGCCCAUUGUGAUGUUUCUGGCUUACAGUCGCUAUCGGUUGUGUGAGGAGUCCAUCGAGAAGUUUGAUCCCAAGAUAUGCAACCAGCAUUUGCAGGAGUGCGUCACAGGAGUACUGUGCUCUUACGAUGAACUGGAUGGUCAGGAAUCCUCCAAAGAAUCUACUAUUCGGGAACUAGAGCGACGCUGCUUUAUAGAGUGCCUGUAUCAGGUGUUUAAUCUCGGUUCCCCAGAGUCCCUUAUGCGGGCACUAACUUUACCGGAUUAUGUGCGUCAGGAUCCGAUGUUUAAGUUAUGUUUCGGCAUAUGUUUAGCCUUUCAACAGGGGAAUUUGUAUAGAGUGCUUAUGGGUUUCCCCCAAUUACCUCAUAUUCUAUGCGCUGUAGCUGCCACCAAGUUGCAGGGAAUAAGGAGGAGUUUGUUGAAAGUUUUCACGCAUGCCUACAACAACAAGCAGCUCACGGUGCCGGUUCCUUACUUGUUGCGUUUACUGUUAAUCGAUUCGCCGGCUGGACUUCAGGAUCAAUGUCGGCACUAUAACAUAGCCUUAACCGUCGACAGGAAGGCGGUGCAUUUUAAUAAGACUGAUUUUAACGAUGACGCUGAGUUGUUGAAACCCCAACAAGAGCGAUUUGUGGAGUCAAAGCUGAAGCGUAUUUAUUUGCCGGAAGUCCUGUUGCUGAAGAAAUUGAACUAGUUUCUUAAGCCCAUUCAUAAAUAGCUAAUGUAUAUAGAAACCACGAUAGUUUCAUAAACUACGGAAUAUUAUUGUACAUUAUUGUUCGGCUUUUCAAAAAGAAGAGUUCCAAUUAUGUUUAAAUAUUUAAAGAAAAUACAUAGUUCUCAUCUAA